AAAGAGCUAGCAACAUAGAUGGCUAGCAACCGUAGCUUCGUACGGUGGUGUGUUUAUGUGUCGCAGGUAAAUAUUCCUGUUAACGAAGGAGAAAUGUCUUCGCUUCAGCAUUUCAGAGAUAUAAUCGCCGAGCGACUAACUGUUGCUGCUGAAGAAAUAUUCAGACACGUCGAAAGAACCGUCGUAGAAUACGAGGAAGAGUUGGAUCGUCAGCGCAAACUGUUGGAGAUCGUUUGCAAACCUCGAGUAAAGUUACAGCGAAUAGAGCUUCCACAGCAGCAUAUCUGUAAAGAGGUGGAGGGUCUCACUGAGCAGCAGCUCUGUAACCUGGAGAGGAACUCCAGUCUGGACCAAGAGGAAUCGGAGUCACUACAGAUUAAAGAGGAGCAGGAGGAAACCUGCACCAGUCAUGAGGAAGAACAGCUUGAAGUGAAGCAGGAGGCGGAUACAUUAAUGUUGACCCCUGAUAAUGAGGAAAGUGACCACAUGGAACCAGACAGUGACCACCAGCUCCUCUCUCACAGCUCUCCUGUAGCUCCGAGUCGAGAUCAGACAGGACGUCACCAAGUUGACUCUGUGUCUAAUAGAAAUGCAGAGUCAAAGCCACGCAAGAGACGUAACAGGAACAAAGUAGAAAACUGUCACACAUCAAAGAUUGAGUCUGAAACUCACACAGGCAAAAAGUCUUUUAAAUGUGACACUUGUGGAAAAAGUUUUGCUUAUAAGUCACAACUUGUUAUACAUAUGAAAGUUCACAAAGGAGAGAAACCAUUUUCCUGUGAAACAUGUGGAAUGGGUUUUAAACACAGUUUGGAUUUGAUAAAACAUGAAAGAAGUCACACAGAUGAGAAGCCACAUUCUUGUAAAACAUGUGGAAAGUGUUUUAGACACAGUUGGGAUUUGAUAAAACAUGAAAGAACUCACACAGGAGAGAAACCCUUUUCUUGUAAAACAUGUGGAAAGUGCUUUAGACACAGUUCGCAUUUGGUAAAUCAUGAAAGUACUCACACAGGUGAGAAGCCAUAUUUCUGUGAAACAUGUGGAAAGUGUUUUAGAUUAAGUGUACAAUUGAUGGUCCAUAAAAGAAUUCAUACAGGUGAAAAACCAUAUUCCUGUAAAACGUGUGGAAAGUGUUUUAGUCAAAGUUCGCAUUUGGUAAAUCAUGAAAGUACUCACACAGGUGAGAAGCCAUAUUUCUGUGAAACAUGUGGAAAGUGUUUCAGACUAAAUGUACAAUUGAUGCUCCACAAAAGAAUUCACACAGGUGAAAAACCACAUUCCUGUAAAACGUGUGGAAAGUGUUUUCGACUAAGUGCGCAAUUGAUGGUCCAUAAAAGAACUCACACAGGUGAGAAGCCAUAUUCAUGUAAAACAUGUGGAACGUCUUACAGCCAAAGUUCGGACUUGAUAGUCCAUGGAAGAAUUCACUCCGGUGAGAGGCCAUAUUCCUGUAAAACAUGUGGAAGGAGUUUUCUUAAAAGUUCAGAUUUGGUAAGACAUGAAAGAAUUCACUCUGGUGAGAAGCCCUAUUCCUGUGAAACAUGUGGAAAGAGUUUUAUUGAUGGAAAGGAAUUAAAAAUCCAUCAAAGAAUUCACUCUGCUGAGAAUCCAUAUUCCUGUAAAACAUGUGGAAGGAAUUUUUGUCGAAGUUCGGAUUUGAUAAGACAUGAAAGAAUCCACACAGAUGAGAGGCCACAUUGCUGUAAAAUAUGUGGAAAGUGUUUUGCUCAAAGGUCGCAUAUGAUAGUCCAUGAAAGAAUUCACUCUGGUGAAAAGCCAUAUUCCUGUAAAACAUGUGGCAAUCGUUUUACGCGAAGGCCUAAUUUGACAGUCCAUGAAAGAAUACACUCUGGUGAGAGGCCAUAUUCCUGUAAAACAUGUGGAAAGCGUUUUUCACGAAGGCCUAAUUUGACAGUCCAUGAAAGAAUUCACUCUGGUGAGAAGCCCUAUUCCUGUAAAACAUGUGGAAAGCGUUUUCUGCGAAAGCCUGAUUUGAUAAUCCAUGAGAGAAUUCACUCUGGUGAGAAGCCUUAUUCCUGUAAAACAUGUGGAAAGGGUUUUAUUCAAAGAGGGAGUUUGGUAGAACAUGAAAUAAUUCACACUGGUGAGAAGCCAUAUUCCUGUAAAACGUGUGGAAAGUGUUAUAGUCGAAAGAUGCGUUUGACAGUCCAUGAAAGAACUCACUCAGGCAAGAAGCCAUAAACCUGUACAACGCGUGGAAAGUGUUCAGUUAAGGUUUGUCUUUGGUAGAACAUAUUUUUCCAGUCAACCCUACUCUACCCUUUUAAAAAUGUGAAACUCCAUGAAUUUAAAAUAUAGAAUCUAAAG